AUGUAUGUGAUGUGGACACACCCACCGGGCAAUGUGGAUGGUUACAGGCUUCAAUAUGGCUUUGUGGGUGACCUCCCUCUGCAGCAGCAGGUUGAUCUUCAUGGCAACAGUGUCAGGAUUCAUGACCUGACCCCAGGAAGUGAUUACAGGUUUGAGAUCCAGUCCUUCCUGGGGUCAGAUUUCAGCCAGACCACAUCCCAAAACAUCUCUACUAGGCCAGCAGGUGUAUGUUCACUCUCUGUGUCUCACGUCAAUGGGACGUCCGUCACAGUGUCAUGGAAACCAGCCACUGGUCAUUUUGAUUUUUAUAGAAUGGCGGUCAGUAACAUCUCUCAUAUCUGGACAUUAGAUGUGAGUCCACACUCGCAGGAGGUCACUGUCAGCAGCCUGUGGAACGGAUGCUCCUACAACAUCACUGUUCAACGCUUCAGAAACAACAUCAGUGGAACCGCCGCCACAAUCACCAUACGUACAGUCCCUGCUAGUCCUGAGGGGUUGCGAGUGAUAAGCGUGUCACCUCGUGCUUUCUCACUCCACUGGUUGGCAUCACCUGGAUGUGAUAAGAACUACAUGGUCCAACUGCAUCCUGACCACGGCAAUAUCAACAUCACCACCACAGCAGACAGCGGAGUGCAGGCUCAAGUGUCCAAUGUAACCCCUGGAACAUCAUACACUGUGACGGUCAAUGCGGUGGCCUCGUCAGGGUUCAGCUCACCUGUCAGCCGAAUACUCGUCACCACUACUGAAUCCUUACCUGCGGCCCCCUCUAAGCCAGAAGGUGAGCGGGUCGGUUCCAAUGGGAUCCUGCUGUCCUGGCGGAUGCCAGUGCCUCUCGACCCCUCAAUUCACUCAUUUGUCAUCAGAUACAAGGAAAUGUGUCCAUAUCCCGACCCUACCUUCACUGAGGUCACCAAGAGCCUGGAUAUCCCAGAAACCCUGCUGAACACACUCACCCCUGGAGCUACAUACAACAUCAAGGUUGCAGCAGUAAACAAAGCAGGAAUUGGACCUUUUAGCCAGUCUCUGUACUACAAAACUGCAGAGGCCCCCCCUGGUCUGGUGUCAAACCUCACAGCGUUUGCUGAGGAUCACACGUCAGUGUUAGUGACAUGGUUUCUCCCCGUACGCAUUAAUGGUCUCAUCACUAAGUUUGCAGUAAAAGUGAAACAUGCUCGAACAGGCCAGACCGUCCGUACGCUGGAGCUCAACGCAGAGGACAUCAUGAACGGAGCCCUGCCUCACUGCAACGAUGCAGCAGACAUCUUAUCUCGUGGAACUCCAAGCCCGUCUGAGUCUUUCCAGUUGACCUCUGCUGUGUUGCCCACUGUUACGCUCUCAGCCGUACCUCCCGCCUCCAUCUGGAGUGUUCCAAUUAGUGUGAAGAUUGAUGAGCUCCGCCCCUACACUCCCUACGUGUUUGAAGUCUCCGCCUUCACCAGUGAUGGGGAGGGACAGAUCGCCAGCACUAUGGUCCGCAUGCCAGAGGCUGCCCCUGAAGACCCACCACAAAGCGUAGUUUUCAGAAACAUCACUUCUAAAUCUCUGUCUCUAUCUUGGGACCCUCCAAAGAUCACCACAGGACGGUUCAGUUACGUCAUCCAGCUCCACAGCUCUGAAGGGUUUAUUAGUGAGAACAGCACAAUCGAACAGGCGUUUAUGUACACUGGACUGACUCCAUACACACAAUACUACAUCCAUGUGAUGGCCAAAUCAGCAGGGGCCACAGGACCGGCAGCAGUGAUCAACAUUACAACACUAGCAGAAGCCCCAAGUGCUGUGUCUCAUCUGACAGCAGAGGCUGUGGAUUCCACGUCUGUCCGUCUGUCCUGGAGACCCCCGAGCCGACCGAACGGACUAAUCACACACUAUCGGAUACUAGUGUUAUACCGCAGUACUCUUGUACAGGACAUCACCCUGCGAGGACAGAAUGCUCCACUUCGUCGUAAUGCGAGGUCACUUGACAUCACUACGUCAUCUGCAUUCAUUCUCACCUCACACGGAGCGUUUCCCGCUUUGGGUCGUGAUUUUACCAGCACUGAUAUGGAACUGACCUCUGACCUUCCUCUGACCCCGAGCACCCCCCACACACCUCCACCCUGGCUCACAGUGACCCACGACAGAACUGAUGUAUCUGUUGAAGCUGAGACUGAGGCUGUGACUGAGGAACCUUUGACUGAACUGUCAGCUGUCACUCAAGGAACUGACCAACCACCAUUGGUUAACUUAAGCCCCUCCCAGCCCCGUCGCUCCACUAGGGCAGUGGCCACAGACUCCACCCAGCAGCAGACGAACCCCUCUACAAGAGCUGCCACCACUAUUGGAAUAGAGGUCCUACCUGCCACUGAGGAGACAGCAGACCUGUCGUCUGAUCACAUCAUGUAUGUGGUUAGAAGACUGAGUCCUUUCACCGAGUAUACAUUUAGGGUGACGGCAAAAAACAUCAUUGGAGAAGGGCCUUCCACAGAAGUUACAGUGAAAACAACUGAACAAGUGCCCAGCUCUGUUCAGAAUGUGUCCUAUCAGAACCUGACCUCCACCUCCAUCCGUGUUACUUGGGAGCCACCACUGAACCCUAACGGCAAGAUAACUCACUACACUGUAUAUGCACAAAAUCUCCUCACAAACCAGCAAUUACGACAGAUGGCGGACACCACCACUGAAGUGCUCACAGGUCUGGACAAGUACAGCAGUUAUAAGGUACGUGUGGCCGCUUCCACCGCCGUGGGGGAAAGUCCACUGACCGAUGAAGACUACAUCUUCGUUAUGACACUAGAGGAUGAGCCGGAUUCACCCCCACGGGAUCUGGCCGUAGUGAAAACCACCUCCUCCACCGCUACUCUCACCUGGUCUCCACCAGAGAAACCCAACGGCAUCAUCCACCUGUAUGAGGUCUCCUACACCAAUGGCACAUACAGCAACACAGUCAACAGCACAUCGCCCAGUGCCACACUGCGCUACCUGAAGCCAUACACACACUACAAUGUGACUGUCCAUGCGUUUACGCUACACGGACAUGGGAACCAGAUUUCUGAUACUCUACAGAUGCUGUCGGGGGAGGAUGUGCCUGGCAGCCCACCUUACGAUUUGACCUAUGAGAACAUCGGAUCCAGUGAGGUGAAUGUGUCAUGGUCACCCCCGAUUCUCGCAAAUGGCAUCAUCUUGUUCUACAACGUAGAAUACUGGAAUGCCACACACAGUCUGAACCAAACCACACACGUGCCUUAUGUCACCCUGUCCAACCUGCGAAAGUAUGCGCGCUACCGUAUCAGCAUACAGGCCGCCACACUGGUCGGCUUGGGAAACCACACGAGUGAGAUCCUGAACAUCACCACACUGGAGGACGUGCCGAGUGGUCCCGUCCACAACCUCACUGCUACGAUCUAUAGCUCUACGGCUGUAGUGAUCAGCUGGGACCCUCCUCUGGAGCCCAACGGCAGAGUCUUCUAUCAGCUGAGCCUCCAAGAGGUGGGUAUGACCCACGCGUCCAUCAACCGCACGGUCAACAUCACCAUCACCAAAACUACCACAGACAACAUCUACCUCUUCACCAAGCUCAGAAAGUAUUUUCCCUACAUCAUAAAAGUCACCCCGGCAACCAGUGCUGGAUCGGCUUUAAACCACACUGCAAUGCUACACCUGCGAACAGAUGAAGAUGUCCCAAGUUCUCCUCCAUUGCCUGGAGCUAGUAGGAAUCUCUCCAGCACCUCCAUCCAUGUGUCAUGGUUCCCCCCAGUGGAGGCCAAUGGCGAGAUCAUAGAUUAUGCUGUAGUUUUACAGGGUCCUGGGACCGUCAACAAAACCUACACCACUGAAACACACCUACUGCUCCCGGAACUCAUUUCAUUUACACCUUACAAUCUCUCCAUCGCUGCGGUCACCCGCAUAGGUGUCGGUCCCUCCGUGAUUAUUCCACUGCAUACUGAUGAAGCAGUCCCAAUGUCUCCACCACGCGAUCUGAUUAUUUUUAACCACACUGUGAAUUCAGUGUGGCUUCAGUGGGAACCAAGUCCAGAGCCAAAUGGAAUCGUCCAGCACUACGGAUUCCGAAUACUCGAACUAAACUCAUACACUUUCAGAUAUCAGAACUCAUCAGAUGCAUCCACACAAGCAGAACUGAGUGGCUUUAGACCUCAUAAUUCAUAUGAAAUCAGAGUGUGCGCAUUCACUAGAGCAGGAAAUGGGGAUCAGUACAGCCUACCUGUCAUAUUCACUACCAAUGAAUCAGUGUCAGAUGCCAUUGGGAAUCUGACCUGCUCUGGAUUGGAUUGGAAUUCAGUGUACAUGGAAUGGGAGCUUCCGAUUCAUCCUAACGGAGAGAUUCUGUACUACCUCAUUCGCUCUGGAGAUCUAGAGAAGGAGGCUCAUCCUCUCGUGCUCGCACACACAGUGGCACACACUUUCAUCGGCCUGUCACCUAACAUUUUCUAUGUCAUCAGCGUAGCUGCAGUUAAUUCAGCCGGAAUAGGGGAGGAAGCCAACUGUACUGCACACACUCCACCAGAGUCAGUUCCUGGUCCGCCCCAGUCGCUGACCAUAAUGGAUGUUACCUCUGACAUUCCUGGUCCGCCCCAGUCGCUGACCAUAAUGGAUGUUACCUCUGACAGUGUGUCUCUAAGAUGGCAGCAUCCCGUCCAUGUUCCUGGUCUGUUGCAGGGUUAUAAUGUAGAGAUUCAGCAAUUGGCAAGAAAUUGUGAGCCAGAGCAGCACAUGGAGUCCUGCGUGGAGAGUGAGCUUGUGGAGUGGGUUGAAGGAGAAACCAGUGGAGUCACACUUUCCCCUCUGCUGAAAUAUAGAGAGUACCGUAUCAGACUGGUAGCGUUCACCAGGGCUGGAGCCGGAGAACCCUCCGACUGGAUCCACACACAGACACUCACAGGAAACCCUGAUGCCCCCCCUGGUGCCAUAUCAGUGUUUCCUUCUCCCACUGGGUUAAAGAUUGUGUGGGACGAACCAUCGGUCAUCUCAGGGCCCACCUCAUACAUCAUUGACAUCGCUGCUUUGGAUGGUUUGGGAUAUAACAUAAGCCUAGUGCGGCAUUCAGAGGAGAUCAGGGCGGUGGUUGUCGGGAACCUGACUGCAUUUACCCUGUACUCUAUUACCAUCACCGCCUUCACGGGGCAGCUUUCCAACGCUCGCACAGACGGCAAAGCAUCUGAACCCAUCCUCGUCAGAACCCUGGAGGACGAGCCCAAAGAUCCUCCCAAAAACGUGACAUUGACAGUGAUCCCAGAGGAAGUGACACGUGUUUAUGUAACGUUCUCUCCACCGGAUGAGCCAAACGGAAACAUCAGUGCCUACCACGUCGCCAUCUAUCGAAACGGACAACUGGACUUCUACAUAAACAGCCUGCCUGUAAUCAGCAACCCUAAUAACACCAUGACGGCCAUUAUAGAUGGACUGAAGGGUGGAUUCAAUUACAGCAUAAGGAUUGCAGCUGUGAAUGGAGCAGGUUUAGGACCAAGUUCAGAGGUUCAGGUCACCACAGGUGUGAAAGCACCACCCAAACCGUCGAGGAGGCCGCGGGCUGCUCUGAACAACGCAGGUGUCAUCAUCUCUACCUCCAAGACCAUCACCAUUGAGAUGCCUGAAUGUUUCUUUACAGAUGACCAUGGACCAAUCCAAAAAGUCCAGGUCAUUGUUUCUGAACCGGCAGUGAUGGACUACGGAAAUCUGUCCAACUGGAAGAGUGUUUUCCUCUACCCUACUGCGCCAUACCUGACUGACGAGGGCUUCUUGAACCCAAAGUGCUCGGAGAAAGCAGAGCGCAUGAGCACAAACAUUAACACAUACGUUAUAGGAGCAGAUGAGAGCUGCCUGUCUGAAGAUGCCAGGACACUUUGUUCAGAUUUCGGGCAACAAACUUCCGUGGGCAGUACACAGACUCUGAGUACUCAGAUAGGGUAUUCCUCCUUUUUCUUUAGAAGGAAGGAGAUUUUUGUCAUCCAGCUGCUAAGUUACAGGAAAUCUCUCAAGCCAAUCAGUAAGAAAUCAUUUCUUCAGCAUGUGGAAGAUCUGUGUGCCAACGACAAUGCCAAGUUUCAGGAGGAGUUUGCUGAGCUGCCGAAGCUGCUUCAGGAUCUGGCCACAUCAGACGCUGACCUGCCGUGGAAUCGCUCCAAAAAUCGCUUCACAAACAUUAAACCCUAUAACAAUAACCGAGUGAAGUUACUGUCUGAGCCAGGAAUGCCAGGGUCUGACUACAUCAAUGCCAGCUUCGUCUCCGGCUAUCUAUGUCCUAAUGAGUUUAUAGCCACUCAGGGUCCUCUGCCUAGUACCGUCGCAGACUUCUGGAGGAUGAUUUGGGAGACCGGGACCAAAACCAUUAUCAUGCUCACUCAGUGCUUUGAGAAGGGCCGGAUCCGCUGUCAUCAGUACUGGCCAGAGGACAAUAAACCCGUCACUGUUUUUGCUGACAUCAUAAUCACUAAACUCACAGAGGAUGUGCAUCCUGAUUGGACGGUCCGGGCACUAAGAGUGGAGAGGCACGGAAGCUACAUGAUUGUUCAUCAUUUUAACUACACCUCAUGGCCAGAACACGGCGUUCCAGAGUCCAGCUCCACACUCAUCCAGUUUGUCAAAGCGGUUCGCUCACAUAGAGGCCAUGACAACACAACCAUCGUGGUCCACUGCAGUGCUGGUGUGGGCAGGACUGGAGUGUUUAUAGCCCUGGAUCAUCUCAUUCAGCAUGUGAGGGAUCAUGAUUUUGUGGAUAUAUAUGGCCUGGUUGCAGAGCUGCGCAGUGAGAGGAUGUGCAUGGUGCAAAACCUGGCUCAGUACAUGUUUCUGCAUCAAAGCACUCUGGAUCUGCUGUCUGCAAAAGGAAACAGUCAGUCCAUAUGGUUUGUAAAUUACUCCGCUCUGGAGAAGAUGGACUCGCUGGAUGCAAUGGAGGGUGAUGUAGAAUUGGAAUGGGAAGAGACUACUAUGUAACAGGGACACUGUUUCCUGUCAGUCUGAUGGUUGUGAGGAGACACUCAUUAAAAAUCCAGACACUGGGACUGUGGACCCUGGGGCCAAACACGCUAAGCAAAGGAUAAACGAGGAAUACAACUUCAGAAGCAAACUGGAAUAUUCUCGCCUAAAUGGAUUGUCUCUGUCUCUCAACCUCUCAUUUGCAUCCACCAGACAGCCUCAUCCAUCAAAGUUUUUUUCUAAAGUUCUUGUCCAACUUCUGUAAUUAUUUUAUCUCUCCCUAGAAAGUGGUACACCACCUACUUAUGGACUCAAAAUGGAUCAGACUCUAAAAAUAUGUCUGUUUCUUAAGGAAGUAGGAAUAUUCAGCAGUCAGGAGUGAGAAAUGACAGGGGUUUUAUGUCCUGUAGUCAAAUGUAUUAUUAAUGCAAUUAUUAGGGAUGAGAGUCAUAAGUAUUUUUUGCUAAAUGGUUCUCUUAAUGAUUCUUUUGGUAAUUUUUUAUUUUAUUUGGACAAAUUAUAAGAUUAUUUUAAACAGAACAGUGAUUUAUUUGCAUGCACAUAGAACAUAUCCUUACACCUAGAAUGAAAAUUAUAACUAUAACAAUACAUCUACAACUCCACAUCAACAAAGAAUGACGUUGUGCUUAUUCUAAGCACUGCAGUGACGUUCUGUGAAUAAGUUGCAUUGAUUUGGAAUAUCGGUCAAUGUUUUUAUCGUUUAUCUGGAAAAAUCGCUCUGAAAUAGAUUCCAACGAUACUUAAGUCCAUGAUGUUAUCGUUAAAGUUAAGUGGACUCCGCUAUUCUUUUAAGACCCAUUCACACCAAGAACGAUAUGAACUAUAUUAGCGUCCACACCAACGAACAAUUACGUUCUGUUUUUAUAAGCACGCGCUGCAGUAAAUGUUAUCUACCGCUUUAAAUGCUCGAGCUCUGUAAAGUCGGAUGGAUUCUGAUGGGCCGUCAGUGUUUUAACGUUCAUCAGCUGGAAAUAAUUGUUCUGAAAGUGGUUCUAAAUAUACCGUUUCUCAGUUCAAAACCUAAUUGUUAACUAAAGUUAAGUUAUCUUGUGAACUAGACAUGUCCAAACAGCGGGUCAUAUAAAGUUAUGUAUUACUGUGAAGCUUUGGAGCGCGCGCUUUACAGUCGGUUGGGGUUUUGUUUAUUUUUAUGGUUUAUCAGCUGGGAAAACGCCCUGAACGUGAUCCCAACGAUAUCUUUCCACGGCGUCAUUAUUACUGCUGUGGUCUGGUUUGAGGUCCUCUAAGAAUAAGAUUAGAACGACUUUUAAAACCACCUUAUAGUUAUCGUUCUUGGUGUGAACGGGACAUUAUGCUAAUCUAGACAGUUUAAGGAGCGAUAAUUUACCCAAAAUGGGAGAAAAAACUGCAUUUCAUACGGAAGUUAAUGUCACGUGUAUGUCUAUGGCGAAUGUUUUUCUAAUCAGGAACUGCAAAGUUUGAAAGAGAUUUUUUCACACCGCAUUUAUUCAUAAUCAUCUCUGAAGUUUCAGACAAUGGUGCUUUGUCAUUUAUUCAGUCGGAAUGCUUUUGUUUUUGCUACCCACCUUC